AUGUCUCCACACCUGCCCAACUUCUACACACAUUCUGAACACCAGAUGAGAAUGCUAUCCAACAAAGUGCAACCUUCCUCAAGGCCUCUGCUGUGCCUCCACCUAUUGAUCCUGCCAUACCUAUGCCUUCUCUUCUCACAAGCACAUGGGGACACACCACUCAGAUUUCAGAAGAUGGCUCUGCUCCACUGGAAAUCUACCCUUGAUAGCUUGCCGCCGAUGAUGAGUUCUUGGCAGGACAACACCGGCCCAUGCAACUGGACUGGCAUCACAUGUAUGUCUAUGCGCCACGGUCGCCGCCCAACCAGCCGGGUUGUGACCAACAUCUCCCUGCCAGAUGCCGGUAUCCGUGGCCAGCUUGGUGAGCUCAACUUCUCAGCUCUCCCUUUCCUCACACACAUCGACUUGCAUAACAAUAGUCUCUGUGGUCCAAUACCAGCUAAUGUCAGUGCAUCAUUCUCACUUCAGUAUCUAAACUUGCACCACAACCAUUUCAGUGGAAAUAUACCCUAUGAGAUUGGUGGCCUACAGAGCCUCAGAUUCCUUGAGGUCUCCUUUAACAACCUCACAGGCCCUAUCCCUGCAUCCUUGUGCAAUCUAACAUCGUUAACAUGGCUUGUUAUUCACCAAACCAUGGUCUCAGGUUCCAUUCCAAACGAUAUAGAAUUAGGCAAGCUCGUCAACCUGCAAGAACUCUAUCUUAGCACAAAUGAGCUGUCUGGGCCCAUACCCACAGAACUAGGCCGGCUCAUCAAUCUGAAGGAACUUGAUCUUAGCACAAAUACACUGUCUGGUGAAAUCCCUGUCUCUUUAUCUAAUCUCACUGAGAUCACCUUGUUUCUUCUAUAUAAGAAUCAAAUUACAGGUUCUAUUCCUCCAGGUCUAGGCAAACUCAUCAACUUGCAACAGUUUGAUCUCUGCAUGAACCACCUUACAGGUACCAUCCCAACCUUUUUAUCCAACCUCACUAAAUUGAGCGAGCUUGGUCUCUGUAAAAACGGAUUCACAGGUCCCAUACCAAUUGAACUAGGUCGCCUAUCAAAUCUCCAAAUUCUCUUCAUGUCCUUGGAAGAGAACCAACUUGUUGGCACAAUACCAAAAACUUUUGGCAACUUGCAAAACAUCGAGAAUCUUCUCCUCUACACUAACCAGUUAUCAGGUUCCCUUCCUCAUGAGUUCGAAAACAUCACAGGCAUAGUUCAGCUUGACCUAAGCAACAACUCCCAUUGCAGACUAGAACUUUUUAUGGCCCUUUGA